GCCUCCUCCCAUCUCCUUCGCUGCUACUUCUUCCUCUUCGUCCUCUGCUAGGUGUCUCUUGCUUUCCUUCCUCUCUUGCUUUCCCCUUCCUCUGCUUCCUCCUGCCUGUUGCUUCUGCUUUCUCUCAGCUGCCUCCCUUUCCUCCUCCCUCUCGAAACCAGCCUCCAUGAGACACCCGAGGGUUGUUCUGGUGUCCUCACUCGACCCAGCUCCCCUCUGUUCAGUCGGCAGAGAGGAAGUAAAAGAGCCAAAAAUAGUUUUUUUCUGUGCUGCUAGGGCUCUGGCUCCUGCACUGCUGGCUUUUGUGGAGCCGGGUGCUCAUAAUCACAAGGCUGUUUGCUGAACUGAUUCAACAAGCAGCGUUAACUUGAUAAACUAGUUUUGCAAGUGCUGUUGCAGCAAGUAUUAGUCAAGAAACUGCAGUGGCCUGCUUCCUUCUGGCACAAUAUGGAAGGCCAAACUUCAGAGGGGCCUCACCGUAGUCCCUGUCUGCAUGCAUGGUCACUGUCACCUCACAGAAGAGUUCGGGAAAUGCGAAUUCCCAGAAGCAGACCACAGACGCUGCAAAAGCUGAUGGACAGAGCAGACAACAGGAUGAGGCCACGUCACAAGGCUUUGCUCAGAUUCUCCUGAAUUUAUCAACCUACGCACCUAGAAACGUUUGAAUUGUGGUUGCAUUCAAGAUCCAACUGAGAUUGACUAAAACUCAGUCAGUCAUCACUGUCAGAUAUCUUGUGUCCACUGUCGGCUCUCAAAGGUUACUAAAAUUUUAGCUGCUGCUUAGAAACAAAGCUGCCUAAGCUUCACUUACUGUUGCUCUUUCCCACGCCAUACUGCACUGCUGCUUCACUCUUGCCUUCUUCAGAGCUCAAGCCCUCAGAACAUAAGAGACUUAUAUAUACAUAUAUAUAUUUUUAUAUAUUCGCAAUGAAACUUAGGCUAGAAGUAUGUGCCAUUCUCUUGCUGCCUGUGUACUUGUUAAUAUCUGUGUACAGUAUGCUUGUAUUUAUUCCAUGGUAUUUUCUUACCAAUGCUAAGAAGAAAAAGGCUAUGGCAAAACGUUUAAAAGCUAAACCCAUCUCGGACAAACCUGGAAGCCCCUACCGGUCUGUCGCUCAUCUUGAGUCACUAGCAAACAUAAACAUUCCUGGAGCGGACACUUUGGACAAGCUGUUUGACCAUGCUUUAGCAAAGUUUGGGAAAAAGGAUUGCCUUGGGACCAGAGAAUUACUGAGUGAAGAAAAUGAAAUGCAGCCAAAUGGAAAAGUGUUUAAAAAGUUAAUCUUAGGAACUUACAAGUGGUUAUCCUAUGAAGAAGUAAAUCAGAAAGUGAAUCACUUGGGGAGUGGACUGGCUGCCCUGGGACUAACCCCGAAGAGUACUGUUGCUAUAUUCUGUGAGACCCGAGCAGAAUGGAUGAUUGCAGCACUAGCCUGCUUCAAGUACAACUUUCCUCUUGUUACUUUAUAUGCCACCCUGGGUGAAGAGGCAGUAACCUACGGUCUCAAUGAAUGUGAGGCAUCAUAUCUGAUCACUAGCGUAGAACUUCUUGAGAGCAAACUUAAGACUGCACUGCCAGAAGUCUCCCGUCUUAAACAUAUCAUUUAUGUGGAUAAGAAGACUAUCAAUAAAUCAGAAUACCCUGAAAACAUGGAGAUUCAUAGUAUGCAAACAGUAGAAGAGCUGGGAGCCAAACCAGAAAACUUAAGCGUUCUGCCAAGCAGACCUGUUCCUACAGACUUGGCUUUAGUAAUGUAUACCAGUGGUUCUACUGGGAGACCUAAAGGAGUGAUGAUGAUGCAUAAAAACUUAAUAGCUGGUAUGACGGGACAGUGUGAGAGAAUACCUGGGCUGGGGCCCAAGGAUACUUACAUUGGUUACUUGCCUCUGGCCCAUGUAUUAGAAUUGACAGCAGAAAUUUCCUGCAUUACCUAUGGCUGCAGGAUUGGAUAUUCCUCUCCACUCACACUAUCAGAUCAGUCAAGUAAGAUUAAGAAGGGAAGCAAAGGAGACUGUACUGUACUAAAGCCUACACUGAUGGCAGCUGUGCCUGAAAUAAUGGACAGAAUUUAUAAAAAUGUCAUGAGUAAAGUUCAAGAGAUGAACUAUAUUCAGAGAACCCUGUUCAAGAUAGGCUAUGACUACAAAUUGGAACAAAUCAAAAGAGGAUAUGAUGCACCCCUUUGUAAUGUACUAUUGUUUAAAAAAGUAAAGGCAUUACUAGGAGGGAAUAUCCGUAUGAUGCUUUCUGGAGGAGCGCCACUCUCACCUCAAACACAAAGAUUCAUGAACAUCUGUUUCUGCUGUCCUGUUGGCCAAGGCUAUGGAUUAACAGAAACAUGUGGAGCGGGAACGAUUACAGAAGUUGCUGAUUACAGCACUGGCAGAGUUGGAGCGCCUCUUAUUUGUUGUGAAAUUAAAUUGAGAGACUGGCAAGAAGGGGGCUAUACUAAUAGAGACAAGCCUAAUCCUAGAGGAGAAAUUAUAAUUGGUGGGCCUAAUGUCUCAAUGGGAUAUUUUAAAAAUGAAGAGAAGACCUCAGAAGAUUUCUCCAUUGAUGAGAAUGGCCAGAGAUGGUUUUCAACUGGAGAUAUAGGGGAAUUUCAUCCAGAUGGGUGUCUGCAGAUCAUAGAUCGUAAAAAGGACUUGGUAAAGCUACAAGCAGGAGAGUACGUAUCUCUGGGCAAAGUAGAGGCAGCACUGAAGAACUGUCCAUUGAUCGACAAUAUCUGUGCUUAUGCCAAAAGUGACCAGUCUUACGUGAUCAGUUUUGUGGUUCCUAACCAGAAGAAGCUGACGGCAUUAGCUGAGCAGAAAGGCAUCACUGGAACCUGGGUCGAUAUUUGUAACAACCCUGUAAUGGAAGCUGAAAUACUGAGCGAGAUUAAAGAAGUGGCAAACAAGAUGAAAUUAGAAAGGUUUGAAAUCCCCAUCAAAGUGCGGCUAAGCCCUGAGCCAUGGACCCCGGAGACUGGGUUAGUAACAGAUGCUUUCAAGUUGAAAAGGAAAGAACUGAAAAACCAUUACCUCAACGACAUCGAAAGAAUGUAUGGAGGCAAAUAAGAUUGUGUUGACUAGACAGUUGUGCAGAAGUUGUCAUAACUCAAUUUUGGAUGUCCUUGUAUACUGUAGAUAUCACGUGUUAAAGAUAACACACAAAAUGGAUGAAUGUUUCUAUAAUCGCUAAUGACAACAGAGGAGAAAAAAAAAUCUUAGAGUCCAAAUGCCUAGUUACUAGCAGAAAAUACUGAUGCUCUUUAGAGUUUCAUGUGAUCAUCUCCAGUUUUGAGACAGACAUAAUUAUGUGAAGCAGUGUGACCAGGUCAAUGUUAUUAUUGUUCCUCUAGCAUAUUCAGACCACUUUCAUUCCUCUAAUUCCUACUAAAGUCUGGUAUAUACUUCAGUCAGGAAUAUUAAUGCAAUUGUGGUGAUUAUUAUAUCACAGUAAGAAACUUCACAAGGGAGAAAAAUAUUUAAAGCUUACCACUCUCCAUUAAAAACAAAACAAAAAAACCCCACACACAUGCACACAAAAAACAUCAGUCAAGAAUUUGCUAGAGAUUACUAAUAAUGCAUUGCUUGAAAAUAGAUGGAUUCUUCUGCACAUCAAUUAAUAUCUUGACUAUUUACAGUGCCUAAAAGAGAAUACAAAGUACACUUACUUAAAUAAAGGUGAACUGAAAAGCUUUCUAAAAAUAAGUUAUUUGACACUUCUUUCAAGAGUGUUGAAUACUACUUCAACUUCCAAUUCGCCAAAUAUGUUUUUACUUGCCACUAUAUUUUAAUUCGAGCAGCAUUUUCAACUAGGGCAUGCAGCAUAAAAGACAACUAAGACUUACAUUGCUGCAAGCAGUACUGAUGUUGGAGGAAUCAUCAGCUGAAUGCAGAACAUGCAUCCUGGCUGGCAAACAGCAGCGAAAUUGAUGGACGGUUGCCUCUAAGCAGAUUUGUAACUCAGAGGAGAACUUUGGGGUUGGGGCGGGGGGGGUUGGUUUUGUUUUUAAGGCACUGAUCCUCCAGAUCUCUACAUAUAUAUGAGUAAUAUUACAAGUAACCUGUAUGCAAGUUACAGGGUCUAAGAUGACUAUUCACAAUAUGGAAAAGUGUUUCUGUUCACCUUUUAAGUACUGUAACCAAAACAAGACAACCAGAAGCCAAUAGUAGUUUCUCCAUUGUCUUGUUUUACUUAUGGAAAAGUAAUGUCUGGCAGGAAAUCUUUGUUUUAAGGAACUUGUAAAAAGGGACAAAUCACUCUAUAUAGAAAUUCAUUAUAAAAAAAAUGUUCUUUUAAUAACUGGAAGUUGUAGGUGUGCUGAAGUGGGAGAGUAGGGAAUAAUUUAAUAAUAGUUUAUCACUUUGUGUGCAGUAUCCUGUACUGUGUCUCUUGAAUCGUUAGUAUCUGAGCUCCUACAUCCCUGCUAGCUCUCUGCACUUGAACCAUAAAUGCUGUAAGAAGUGGAAGUUCUUGAUACUGUUCUACUUUGCACUUUUCUUAAUCAUUUUAUAUAUGUUGCUUACAUUUUGUACAGGUGUGGCCCUCAACUGCUCUAUAUUAUAAAUUCCUUUUAAAGUAUUUAUAGAUUUCUUCUAUUCGUAUUUGUGUUGUGUAUAUGAUGGUUAAAAAGGAAAAUGAUUUGGUAUUGUCACUGUACAGAAAGAAAAAGGUUUUGUAAGACACUUCUUAAAUAUACUAACUUGCAAUUUCAAGGCAAGUUUUUCCUUUAUUGGGUGUAUGUGUAGUCUUCUUUUCCCCAACUCAAACAGCUUUCAGCAAAAAUAAAUCAUGGCUCUAGACUGGUUAACCAAACUGCCCCUUCUCCUUGGGACCAACUUCUUUUCAGUUUCCCAUGCACAGCUUCUCUAGCCGGUCCAGAACGCACGCUGCCAGCUGCUCUUGCGAGGACCCUGAGGGGAAUGGGAAAGAGCUCUAGUGCUUAAUGCUGACUGCUGCUAGUUGUGCAUGGAAUUACAACUGUCACUAAAAGGAACCAGAAAAAAGCUUUUCUAAAAAAAAUAAUAUUUUGAAGACACAUACACUGGUUUAUGAAUACAGGAAAUACUUCCCAUAUAAAUAGUAACUUUUCAGAUGACUUAGUCCUGGAGAAGGUUACCAAGCUUUUCACAUUUAAAAUUGGUCACGGUUAAAUAGCCUUUAGAUAGUCUGUUAGCAUCAUAAAAAUUAAACAAAUGUAAAAAAGUUAUUUGCACUUCAGUCUUUGCAGAUUUAUGGAUUUUUUUUUAAACCAUGAAUGUAUUUAUAUGAAAUGUAUUUUACCUAGUUAUACCAGUUACCCUCUGUGUCUUGGUUGACUGAGUAUUGAUAUUUUCAAAAUAUAUAGACAUACAAAGUUAACAUUUCAAAAACUGAAUACAGUUGAAUUGGUUCAACAA